CGCCCCGUCAGCGCUUCGAUGGCUGGCGACAUCUUGCCGGCGGAAGACGGGCGAACGGAGCGAAACAGCCGGGCGAAACGAGUCAUUACGUAUGCGCCGCGUUGUCUUCCGCAUGGUCUCAAGUGCCCCAGUGGUCGAUCAUUUUUGGAUAUGCCGUUGAAAUCACUGUUUUUCGCCCACUUCUACGAGGAGCAUGCAUUUCCGGGCAAACAGUUCCGGCCGCAGAAACCACUUUACAAAUUAAGUUGUCAACAAUUUCAACCAUAUCGCAACGAUUUAAUCUUCACACCUAAAUUAUUUAUGGAAAAAGCCACGUUUUGCGCCCAGUCACACAUAUAGAAACCCCCCCCACCACCUCACUAAUACAGUCACACACACAAAUGCCUUGUUAGCCGUCGCUCAUGCAAUA